GUGCACUGUGUCCCUCGGACACAGCGGAUCACCAAUCACAGAAAGAGCUGAGGAUGUCGGCUCGGUCAUGUGAUCAACUGUGUCCAAUCACAGCUAAUCACAUCAGUGCCACCUGUCAGUGUCCAUCAGUGCCUUAUGUCAGUGCUCAUCAGUGCCUCAUGCCAGUGCCCAUCAGUGCCACAUCAAUGCCACAUAUCAGUGCACAUCAAUGCCACAUAUCAGUGCCUACCAGUGCACAUCAAUGCCACAUAUCAGUGCCUACCAGUGCACAUCAAUGCCACAUAUCAGUGCCCAUCUGAGCUGCCUUUCAGUGUCACCCAUCAGUGCCAGUCAGUGCCACCUAUCAAUGCCAAUCAGUGCCACCUAUCAGUGCUGCCAAUCAGUGCCAGUCAGUGCUGCCUAUCAGUGCCAGUCAGUGCCGCCUAACAGUGCCAGUCAGUGCCGCCUAUCAGUGCCGCCUAUCAGUGCCAUGUAUCAGUGCUGCUGUUCAGUGCCCAUCAGUGAUGCCUGUCAAUGCCCAUCAGUGCCACCUAUCAGUGCCUCCUCAUCAGUGCCCAUCAGUGCCACCUAUCAGUGUCCAUCAGUGCAGCCUAUCAGUACCCAUCAGUGCAGCCUCAUUAGUGCACAUCAGUGAAGGAGAAAAAUCACUUAUUUACAAAAGUU